UGUAAAAGAGACGUUUGUGGUAGAUGACGCCACACUCGUCGAUUGUUACCAAAGUAAAAGAAAUCUAUUGCGAUUCGGAGGACAAUAAUUCCUUUUUCCACAGAAAAUUAUAUCGUACGUGUAAAAGUAUUUCAACUAUUCUAGUUACCCAAUUAUGGAUGGAAGCCAACAAUUUAAUCUACGAUGGAAUAAUCACACGAAUAAUAUUCUUCAGGUCUUUUUGGAGCAUCUCUCGACAGAAUCAUUAGUUGACGUAACAUUGUCAUGUCAGGGACAAUUCAUAAAAGCUCAUAGGAUGAUAUUAUCAGCCUGUAGCCCUUAUUUUCAGGAAUUAUUUAAACAUCAUACUACAAAGCAUCCUGUAAUCAUCUUGAAUGGGAUAAAGUAUCAAGAUCUCCAAAUGAUGAUAAGAUUUAUGUAUCACGGAGAAAUUCGCGUUCAGGAAGCACAACUGGAGGAUCUUCUUGCAGCUGCAGAGACACUACAGGUAAAAGGUCUCAGUAAUGUACGAAAUAAAUAUGAAAAGGGAGAGAUUCAAUCAAAUCCCAUUGAUAAAACUUUAACAAGUUGCAACCCCAUGGAAAAAGAAACCACUGGUAAUAUCCUAACAAACAGUACUAUGGGGGUUGCAGAAGAAGCUUUUGCAAAAGUUUGUAAAAGGAAGAAUAUGGCUCAAGAUUCAACUAGAAUUCGGAAUAAACGAAAAAUGUCUCAUACCGUUAACGAAUUGGCUAAGGAAACAGUCUUUGCAAGUAAUGGCACAGUGUGUCUGGAGCCUGAGAGUAAUUCCGGAAUAUGUGGUAUAAAACCUGAAUGGUCUCCAUUGAUUAAGAUCGAACCUCCUAGCACUCAGACAAGCGAUAAAAAUCAAGAGAAGCAAAAUCAGAUUUCAGGCGAGUUAAAACCAAUGCGAUUAAGAGGAAAAUCAAAGAGUGGACAGAAGGCGAUUAUAGUACCAGAAAAAAUGCAAAUGCCACGUAAAAUACCACGACCCCCAAAUGCUUUCAUGUUGUUUGCCAAUGAGUGGAGGCGAAAAUUAGCUUUUGAAUAUCCAAAUGAGAGCAACACGGAAAUUUCUGUUCGCCUGGGAAUAAUGUGGAAGGGACUGAAUAUCCAAGCAAAGGAAUCAUACUAUGCACUAGCUAAAAAAGUUGAUGAAGAGCAUAAGCGAAAAUAUCCUGGAUAUUAUUACAGUCCAAAGGAAGCUAGAUUGAGGAAAAAUCUUAAACAGGAUUUAAUGCUAGCCAGAUGUUUGCCAACAACUGAUGCAGAUGCUCUACGUCUUGUAAAGGUUUUGAUGAACGUAGAUGAGAGACAAACGGGCAUAGUUCGUGUUUCUCCUGGUGAAGAAGAAAUGAAAGAAGAUAUUGACGAUCCUUCAGCAACCGUAACAAAUAUUUCAAUGAAAAAUGAAGACAUAGAAACCAAGUCCGUGACAUCAAUUAUUACUUAGAUCUUUGAAGAACCAGCAAAACUACUGAGGGGAGAGUGAUAUUUCCGUUAUAUUUUUGACAAAAAGACAAGACAAUGAAAGACUGAACUAUGAAAUGAAGAAAUCAGUCUUUUACAGAGCAAAUUAAACAAUAUUUUGUUGCAAAAAUCGCAGAUGAAAGCAAACAAAUUUUCUGUAGAUCGUGAAUAAUGAAAUUCAGCAUUAUGAAAAGGCUGAAAAGUAUAAUGAUGACUAGAGAAAAAAAAUACAGAAUAAAAAUAUAAUCAAUACAUUGUUAAUCAUUAAGUUGUAAGCUGUUGCUUUAUAUUUGUAAGAUAGUAUUAAUUUCUUUGUUUCCUCUUUUGUAUUUAUGCUUCGCCAAUUUUAUCUACCAAUUGCUAUGGUAAUAAAAAAUUAUUAUAAAUCUUUGUGAAA